GUGAUUACUACAUGGUGAAGAAACUCUUGGAAGAGAAUAGCUCUGGUGAAAUGAACAUUAAUUGUGUGGAUGUACUUGGGAGAAAUGCUGUUACCAUAACCAUUGAAAAUGAGAAUCUAGACAUACUACAAUUACUUCUGGAUUAUGGGUGCCAGUCCACAGAUGCACUCCUGGUGGCCAUUGACUCAGAAGUUGUGGGAGCUGUGGACAUACUACUCAAUCAUCGACCAAAACGAUCUUCUAGACCAACAAUUGUUAAAUUAAUGGAACGUAUUCAGAAUCCAGAAUAUUCAACAACCAUGGAUGUGGCCCCUGUCAUUUUAGCUGCUCACCGUAACAACUACGAAAUCCUUACUAUGCUGUUAAAGCAAGAUGUAUCUUUACCCAAACCCCAUGCUGUGGGCUGUGAAUGCACAUUAUGUACAGCCAAGAAUAAAAAAGAUAGUCUACGACAUUCCAGAUUUCGUCUUGAUAUAUAUCGGUGUUUGGCCAGUCCUGCCUUAAUAAUGUUGACUGAGGAGGAUCCAAUUUUACGAGCCUUUGAGCUUAGUGCAGACUUAAAAGAACUUAGCCUUGUAGAAGUUGAAUUCAGAAAUGAUUAUGAAGAACUAGCCCAGCAGUGUAAAACCUUUGCUAAAGACUUGCUUGCCCAGGCACGGAAUUCACGGGAACUUGAAGUCAUAUUAAACCGUACAGCAAGUGAUGAGCCUGUGGAUAAACGGGGACUGUUAGAAGAAAGAAUGAAUCUGAGUCGCCUAAAACUUGCUAUUAAGUAUAAUCAGAAAGAGUUUGUUUCUCAAUCCAAUUGCCAGCAAUUUCUCAACACUGUCUGGUUUGGACAAAUGGCUGGUUAUCGCCGCAAACACACCUUUAAGAAGAUUUUUACAGUCUUGACAGUUGGACUCUUUUGGCCAGUGCUGUCUUUUUGUUAUUUACUGGCCCCAAAAUCUCGAAUAGGGCGAAUAAUUCACACUCCAUUUAUGAAAUUUAUUAUACAUGGAGCUUCAUACUUCACAUUUUUGCUGUUACUUAACUUGUACUCAGUCGUCUAUAAUGAAGAUAAAAAAAACACAAUGGGUCCAGCAUUGGAGAGAAUAGACUUUCUUCUAAUUUUGUGGCUUAUUGGAAUGGUGUGGUCAGAUGUUAAAAGACUUUGGUAUGAAGGCUUAGAAGACUUCCUAGACGAAUCACGAAAUCAACUUAGUUUUGUCAUGAAUUCUCUCUAUUUAGCAACUUUUGCUCUCAAAAUAGUUGCCCAUAACAAGUUCCAUGAUUUUGCUGAGAGGAAGGAUUGGGAUGCCUUCCAUCCCACACUGGUAGCAGAAGGUCUGUUUGCUUUUGCUAAUGUUCUCAGUUAUCUUCGACUUUUCUUCAUGUAUACCACGAGCUCUGUCCUAGGGCCACUUCAGAUUUCAAUGGGGCAGAUGUUGCAAGACUUUGGAAAAUUUCUUGGAAUGUUUCUUCUUGUAUUGUUCUCAUUCACUAUUGGAUUGACCCAACUCUAUGACAAAGGAUUCACUGUGGAUGAAGAGAAGGACUGUGCUGGGAUCUUUUGUGAACAGCAAAGCAAUGACACAUUCCACUCGUUUAUUGGCACCUGUUUUGCCCUGUUCUGGUAUAUAUUCUCCCUUGCACAUGUAGCAGUAUUUGUUACCAGAUUUAGUUAUGGUGAAGAACUGCAGUCUUUUGUGGGUGCUGUUAUUGUUGGCACAUAUAAUGUAGUAGUGGUGAUUGUCCUCACCAAGCUCUUAGUGGCGAUGCUUCAUAAAAGCUUUCAGCUGAUAGCAAACCACGAGGACAAAGAAUGGAAGUUUGCUCGUGCCAAGCUCUGGCUUAGCUACUUUGAUGACAAAUGUACAUUGCCUCCACCUUUCAAUAUCAUUCCUUCUCCCAAGACUAUUUGCUAUCUGUUUAACAGCCUCAGUAAAUGGAUUUGUUCUCAUACAUCAUCUGGCAAAGUCAAGCGGCAGAAUAGCUUAAAGGAGUGGAAAAAUCUGAAGCAAAAGAGAGAUGAGAAUUACCAAAAAGUGAUGUGUUGCUUAGUUCAUCGUUACUUGACUUCCAUGAGACAGAGAAUGCAAAGUACAGAUCAGGCAACUGUAGAAAACCUCAAUGAACUACGACAAGACUUAUCAAAAUUCCGAAAUGAAAUGAGAGACCUGCUUGGCUUCCGGACUUCUAAAUAUGCCAUAUUUUAUCAAAGAAAUUAA